ACAUUUUUAGGUUCCAGUGAUCGGCUAUAGUUCCACAAGUCCUUCCUUAAACAAAAUAGAUUAUUUUCUGCGCACCGUCGCCCCAGAUACCGACGCAACUCAGGUCAUGGUAGACCUAAUACUGAAGCUACGUUGGAACAUUGUCGUGGUUCUGUAUGUUGAUAAUGAGUUCGGGCAUUAUGCUGCAGACUGCUUCAGAACGGCCAUUAGACGUUUAAAGACAAAGAUAUGUAUAGCUUACGAUGGCAGGUUCUCGAAAGCUUCCGGGCGAGAGGAUAUCAAAAAAGUUGUGGAAGGUAGAACUAUAUUUUUUAUAAAGUAUAUGGAUUGACUGGAUGGAUUUAUUAGUUCCAAACUGUUCUUCUAGACGUCCGGACCCCUCCUCUAUUGAAAAAUCCUAUGAUGUUUACGAGGCAACAGUUUUCAAGGUUGCCUAUUUGCGAUAAAACGGUGUUCAAAACCUGGCGUUCCUCUCAAAUUGACUUUGUUUUAGCUUUACUUUGUAGUUUACACAGCUAGCAACCUUUUUAAAUGUAUCUGGCGGUUGAGAAACACAAAAUAAAAGUUAGAUAUUGUCAAUUUAAAUACAAUUAUUGUCAUUGAUGCUGUAAAAUUGACGCCAUAUUUAUACUAUUGCAAUAUAAGCAAAACUUACUGAACUUCAGACAUCAUUUUCUCUUUGGCGUGCCAUCAAAAAUCUCUUCAUUUUACCAUUAUUUUACAAAUAAAGCACUAAACAUACUUUUUGAAUUUGUUUGCCGCUUGAGAAACGUAUAAAAAAUAUUGAUUUAAAAAUUUGAAUCUAGUUUUGAGCGCGUGUCACGGAACAUACAAAAGAUUCUCUUAAUUAACAGCAAAUUUCAGUCUCAAAUCAACUUGCGCUCGAGGUAAAAGGCCAUACUCCCUUUAAUCCAUGUACCUCUUCUGAUUUAGGUAUUAAGAAAGUGAAAUCACGCGUCAUCACUUUCUUUGGAACAAUCGAGGAUUUCGUGUACUUUCAGGAAAAUAGCGACGCAUUUGAUGCCAAUAGCUACGUAUGGAUAUCGUCUGAAUUGUGGCUAAGGUCGGAUCUUAUUGGAAUUUCGCCGAGUAUUAAACACAUGCUGACGAUCAUUCCCGAACAAGGUUAUUAAUGUUAUAUUUGUAUUUGACCAGCAUACUCAUGCACAUAGAUAACCGUAAUUUAUUUGAUGGUCCUAGGCGAAUUAAGCCCGGGGGAAAAAUUGACAACUUUUCCUUGUCAAUUGGGAGCCUUGUUCCACACGUAAAAACGCACAAGUUGUUACAGGUCUGCAAACAAGUUGUUACAAAUCUGUUCGCAUGCUGUUGACAAAUUGUGUCCGCACUGUUUGUUCCCAGUUGUUGUAACAAGUUUGGAACAAGCUGUUCACAGCUUGUAACAAGCUUGGUGGCCGCAUUAUCAGACUUGUUACAAGGUUGUUCUAACAGGUCUGAUAUAGUCAUCAUAUAAGAAGAAUAUUACAAGGUUUGACGACACAAGGUUGUAACAAUAUUGUUAUAACAUGACCAUAUCGGACUUGCUGGAACAACCUUGUAACAAGUCUGAUAAUGCCAUCAAGCUUGUUACAAGUUGUUAGCAGCUUGUUCCAAACUUGUUCGCAGACUUACUACAAGAUGCGAGAUCAGUUUUGCUUAUGUAGUCAUGCCAGCUUUUGGACAAGGAAAAUUAUUUCGUGUGCACAAGAAAUACUGCUACAUCUUUGAUUGUCUUGACGUUUUGGUGUCGUUUUAAGGUUAUUCGAAAGAUCGCUUUGACGAGUAUCUAGGAGGCAGAGCCGAUGUGAACAAGACCUGCUCUCAUGUGCAUCGAAAUAACAUGAAGUAUGAACGUGAAUGCGAGGACAACCACAGGUCGGAGCCAAAUUGCUCGUUUGAGUGCUCCAAGUAUAUCCCACACGUGUUAGAUGCUGUUUAUGCUGUUGCCAUGGGAAUGCAUAACAUGCUGGGUUGUCAGUCUGGCAAGUCGUGUAGGAAUAAUCUGCACAGACUGAAGAGCAUGCAAAACAGGUAUAGUCAAGAAUAUACUGCCGUGACUUGUUUUUGAACUACUGAAACGGUUGAAAAACUUUUAUCAGGAGAUUAGCAUCAGAUACAUUUAAUCUACACACGUGAUUUUCUCACAUCUUGUCAACAAGAUGUGUUCGCAACAGCUUGUAACAAUGUUGUUAUUUUAUCAAUUUGCUACAAAGUUCUCUCUAUGAUGUUUGUGAUAUGUUACUCUGAGUGUGCAUCCACACCGGGCAAGCUGAAAGGUUUGCCUGACCACGGCGGGAAUCCAACCCACGACCUUUGGGAUGCUCUACCAACUGCAAUCAUAUUCACCUGAGUACAUGACACCAACACACACACAAAGUAUCAUAUGAUAAAUAUCUUAGAAUGCAUUGAUAUCGAAGGAACUAGACUCAGUUCCGAAAUAUCACCAACUCGAAGCGACUUGACCUCGUAGCUCAGUUGGUAGAGCAUUGGACUAGUAUUCCAAAGGUCGCGGAUUCGAUUCCCACCGUGGUCAGGCAGACUUUUCAGCUUGCCCGGUGUGGAUGCACACUUAGAGUAACACCACAAACAGUCAUGCAUCUGUUAUGUUCGCGAUUUCUGGCCAUGUAACAGAAAUAAUUUUUUACGUUUACUUUUACAGAUCGCUUCUAGAUUUCAUAAAGAAGCUAAAUUUCUCCAACAAUCUUACGAAUCAAACUAUAUCCUUCGACAGUAAUGGGAACCCACGUGUAACUCGCUUCACUGUGGUAAAACUAGAAAUUGGUAACGGGGCAUACAGCAAUACUACAAUUGGUAAUUGGAUUUGCCGAGAAGAAAAUGAAACUCCAUCUUGUAAAGGACGUUUAUCGAAUUCGAUUUUUGAGGUAGUCAAUCCCACAUCGUUUAAUUCAAGUUGUGGUCCAACUUGUACUCCGGGUUGGUAUAAGUCUGUCAAAGAAGACCACCCGGAUUGCUGUUGGACAUGCAAGAGGUGUACUGGGAACAAGUUUACAAACACUUCCGGUCAAUUUAGUUGCGACCAAUGUGACGAUAGUAAGUGGCCCGAUUCGAAUCACACGUCAUGUGCAGAAAUAGAACACGAAUACCUAGACAUCCGCAGCGCACCUGGAGUUCUGAUUCUAGCCUGGAAUUGUCUCGGUGUCGCAGUCGUUCUAUUCGUCGGUGGGGUGUUCCUGAAGUACAGCGCCUCGCAUAUCGUUAAGGCGUCCAGCCGACAGCUAUCUUUGCUGUUACUCGUGGGGAUUUCUGCGGAUUUUGCCAUACUUAUAGCUCUAUUACGUGAACCCAACGUCAGUCAGUGUACUGCGAUAUUUGUCUUUGGCCACGCUGCUAACUGUCUCGUCGCCGGAACGCUGUUUCUGAAGACGAAUAGAAUUCAUCGGAUAUUUCGAAAAAGUGCCAUGACAGGUGUGUAUUUCGUACUGAAUAUAACAGUGCCUUUUUAAAGAAUUUUCGCUAGGGGAGGGCAAAGGCAAAAAAAUUCUUCCAAAUAGGAAAAAUGCUUGUCAAAGCUUGGAAUGGAGACAUAUGGAAAUGUAACUUUAAGUAUGACUUUAAAUCUUGAUCUCAGAAAAUCAGGUUGAUUUUGUGUGUGUGAUUUUAUGUUUUGGUUGGGUUGUACAAAAUUCUUAAAAUUUGGGGGUAGUUCAGAAGAUGAUAGUUUGGAGUGAAAAUUCUGUUAACCAAGUAUAUAAAUCUCUUUGGAGGUACGGCAGGGAGCCUCCCUUAUUCAUCCAGUGUUACUUCAGAAGGAAACCUAAACUAAACUAACUUUAUUUAUACUGGAUAACUCUAUCCGUUCUAAUAUAAACUGUUCUUCUUAGGAGUACAGUAAGGAACAUUUUUUAUUGAUCCAGUGUUACUACAAGAGGAAACGUAAAGUAAACUAACUUUAUUUAUACUGGAUAGAUCUGUCAGUUCUAAACUGUUCUUCCUAGAGGUCCAGUAAGGAUCAUCUCUUAUUGAUCCAGUGUUACUACAAGAGGAAACGUAAAGUCCAAUAAAAAUCCAAAAGGUCCAAUAAAAAUCCAAAGGAAAAUAGCUCUAUCCCGAUUUUCGUCUAAACUGUUCUCCCUGGAGAUCCAGUAGGAACCAUCCCUUCGUAAAGUCAAACUGGAAACACUCGUAGAUCGUAGUUACUAACACGUUCUUUUCUUUGUACACACAUGUAUAGAGCGUCCACGAUGUUUGGGAAAUGCCUGUCAGCUUUCCAUCAUAACGUUAUUGGUUCUGAUCGAGCUCACACUGUCCACCAUUAUUCUUGUGUUCCAGCCUGAAAAUGGCGAAGUGAAAGUCACGUAUAUCAUGCAAGGAGACAGCAAGAAAGCAUUUCUACUUUGUAAUUUCUUUGGAAAGUAAGUAUGAUAAUCCACCAAUAUGAACUUGAUAAAGAAAAGAAAAUGUAAAACGUAACAGAACGGCGCACAUGCAGAUUCGGUCAUCUCAUGUAAUAGUAAUGUUGGCAUAUUAGCGUUCCAGACUGCAGAGGAGAGUGGGCAGUAAGGCUUCCUCAAUCCUCAUGGAAAACCUGCACCCCUCCUUGCAGAUGAGGCUAGAUCCGCCCAGUGCAAUCCGCCCCUCAUGGCAACACCCCUGUUUAAUCAAACGUAAUCUCAUAAUUUUAGAACGUUCCAAAACGACUUGUUCCACGUGCUAUUAUGGAGCUAUGAAUGUGGCAUGAUCUUCGUCUGCACAUACCAAGCAUACCUCGUACGCAAAGUGCCCGAGAACUACAACGAGGCUCGUUACAUCACUUUCACCAUGGUAACCAUAUCGAUGAACAUCAUCGUAUACGUCAUCACGACUUCCGGUAUGGAGGGCAAGAAUCUGAUGCUUGUCUUCUGCAUUUUUCAAAGUUUGAAAGCAAGUGUGGCUUUGGGCUGCAUGUUUUUGCCGAAAGUGUACGUGAUACUUUUUCAGCCCGAGAAAAAUGUCCCGCAUAAUCCGGUCCAAUCGAAACUGGGGACAUUUGUCGAAGAAAAUUCGGCGGUAAGGAUAAAACCGCAUGAUAGUAUUAGUAGUGGGUCUUCGAUACAGGGUAGCGUGUCGUCGGAAGCUUCGACAGCAGGGUCGGGGACUGCUCCUACCUCGACCCGGAGGAGACCGUAUCGGAAGGUGGGCGCGAAAAUGGAGGAGGAGGGGCCUGAGGAUAAGUUUGAGAGUGCUGGUGACGACCUGCCCGCCCGCGAGCAGGGUGUCCUGCCCGCCUGCAAGCAGGAUGUAUCCACAGAUACUACAGAGGGGUUAAAAGGUUCAGCGAAUAUUGUAUUAGUCAACAGUUUGGCAACUUCUAACAACACGGCGUAGUUUUUAGUUUGUAUAAUAAGUGAUAUGGUAUGGCGGUCUUUGGAUGUCAGCUUUCCACUAAGAGGCUGAUUACAUCAUAGUUAAUAGA